GGACAACUAGCCACAGCGGUGAUACCUCUACUGUGGCUUUUCCUUUGGGCAUCUUACAUUAUAGCAUCUGAUACUGUGCCUUUACUAGACACCUCGUGGCACGAUGUCUAGUGAACCGGGAACCUCGGAAAGUCAGGUAAACGAGGCGAGUCAGCCCUCUCUUCCCGAGAAUGAAACGGUUGAAUUGGGGGAGGCCAGCCAGGAUCCUCCAGAGGUGACCAAAGAGGGGAGUGCAGGAGAUCAACCCUACGUAGACACCUACAUGCUCCUUCACCCAGAGCUGCUCUCCCGGGAGUUCCUGCUGCUCACACUGCAGGAGAAAAAUAUAAUUGUUAAGGAGGAAAUAAAGACCAGCAAAAAUGACCUGAUUGCUCUCUAUAAUCGGUAUGCAUUACCACUGCCUCAGAGGGAAGCACCAGAAAGUAGAUGGGGCAAAGCAAUCGAAGAGAAAAGAGAGCUGCAAAAUGAAGUGAAAAAUGAGCCCAAAAGUGACGUAAGUGCGGGGCCUUCCAGGAAAAGAGCCCGCAUAGUCUUUGAUGGAAAUUCCACAAGUACGUGCAUAAAAGUUAGGAGGACGGAAAAGGGAGCUAAUGAUGGCUUAAAGCCUCCUCCUUCCGUUGGCCUUCCUAGCAAUACCAUUAGAAAGUUGCCAAAUUCAAACGCUUCCACUGUGCCUACAGGCCUUAAAGCGAACCCCAGCAAUGACACUAACCAGAGCCCUGUGUUAACGAAUAAUAGUAAGAGUGCAGUGGCCAAUGUAAAAGCACAACCUUUGUCUCGCGCUGAGGAAGCUACUGUUGUGAAAUUAAAGAGAAUUGUUCCACGAGAAGACGCAAAGUCAGCGAACGAAUUCAAGUCCCUAGGCACCAAGAAAAAGAUCCAACGCAUUACAUGGCCGUGA